GGUUGACGAAUCCUCGCACGUCGCUGCCUUGCGUCACCCUCGAUUAUCCUGGACCUCGGCAGAGACCGUCUCGACGCCUUGGACCUCUUCGAAAGGUAUAUUCGCGCGUGUCCUGGACGACAGCACGGCCGCCCUGUCUUUAUCCCCUCUGCUUCCCUUACGACGCCCGGCUUGCCCAGUUUUGGUACUCAACACACAACAUGUCAAACACAACCAUGGCUCCGAACAAGAGAUUCUUUCUCUAUCCCGAGCCCAUAGCCGCACCUCCGUCUCCACCACGUCCAGAGAGACAAUCAAACCCGGCAUUAUCAGGGCUGGUCCUUGUCAUCGCUACCUGGCUUCUGGAAUGGUCCAGCCUGCUCAGGCAGUACAUCUGGAAAAAUGCUGGUUUCGGCGACCUGCGCAAUAUCCGGGGGAGCCUAGAGUCCACCGAACCGCGGUUUGACCCUACCGUCUUUCCCCUCGAGGACGAGGCGCGCCCAGAUUCCCCGUCCGAGACCAAUGGAAGCGGCAACGGCAACGGCACCGCCGCCCCGGAAAAGACCAGCAAACUCGCCCCCGUCGGACAGCGCCACUACACCGUGGCUGACUAUCGCGAAAUGUACCUCUCUGGAGAGGUCACGCCUUUGGACGUCGCGCACGUUAUCCUUCCUUUGAUCCGUCGGGACACGUCCCCUCCCGGUCCGCACUCGCUGGCCUGGCACGACGUCAAGGUCGAGCUGGUCCUCGCUGCCGCCAAGGCGUCCACGGAGCGCUAUGCCGCGGGCCAGUCUCUGGGCCCGCUCGACGGCGUCCCGUCCGCGAUCAAGGACGAGUAUGAAAUGACCGGCUACACGACGACGCUGGGCUCGGCAAAUGAAUACGCCAUCGCGAAGCUCGAGGACGGCAAGCCGGAUGCCUGGAACGUGCGGCAAAUGGAGGCCGCGGGGAUCGUCAUCUUUGGCAAGGCCUCGAUGCACGAGUUUGGCAUGGACACAUCCGGCAACAACAUCACCUUCGGCACGACCCGCAACCCGUUCAACCCGGCCUACUACCCGGGCGGCAGCUCGGGCGGGUCCGCCUACGCCGUCGCGUCCGGGCUGGUCCCGAUCGCGCUGGGUAGCGACGGGGGCGGCUCGAUCCGCAUCCCGGCGUCGUACUGCAGCGUGUUCGGGCUCAAGACGAGCCACGGGCGGCUGUCUUGCAAGCCCGGCGAGAACCACAGCAACACGAGCGCCGUCAACGGGCCCCUGGCAGCCGACAUCCGCUCUCUCGCCGCCUUCUAUGGCAUCCUCAGCGAGGCCCACCCCACCACGUAUUUCCCACAGCGUUCACCGUUCAGUCCGGCCCCGACGGCGGACCAGAUCCUCUUCUCUCCCUCAGCAUCCCAGAUCGGGGGACAGAACAGAAAGAAACUCCUAGGCAUCCCCGAAGCCUGGUUCACCCGGGCAGACCCGUCGGUCCAGAAACUCUGCCGCGCCACAAUCGCCCGGCUCGUCACGCAAAAGGGCUACACCACGGUUCCCAUCGACAUCCCCUUCCUGCACGAGGGCCAGAUCGCGCACGCGCUGACCAUCCUGACCGACGCGGCGAGCCUGCUCCCCCCUUCGCACCCCACCGUGGCCCGGUACAAGCGGGACUACGCGCGCCUGUCGGCCGCGAACCGCAUCCUGCUGGCCCUGGGCCGGACCACGACGGCCGUGGACUUCCUCCUCGCGCAGCGGCUGCGGCGCGUGCUGAUGCAGCACCUCGCGUGGCUGUGGUCUGCCGAGCAGUUCGGUCCGGAGAUGCUCAUUGUCACGCCCGUCAGCGCGUGCGCGGGCUGGCCGAUUGGCAACACGGACGUGCGCGGCGGGGAGCUCACGCGGGGGCUCAGCGACGGGGAUCGCACCCUCAGGACCAUGGAGUUUGUCUGGAUGGGCAACUUCUGCGGCGUGCCCGCGUUGUCGGUGCCGAGCGGGUAUGUCGUGCCCAAGGAGGGUAAAGGGGGUGUCGCCGGCGAGGCGGUGGGUAAAGGGGAGGUUGUCGAGGGGAUGGUGCCCGUGGGGCUGAUGGCCAUGGGCGAAUGGGCGAGCGAGGAGGGGUUGUUGAGGUUCGGACUGGACGCGGAGGAGGUCAUGGGUGCGGAGGAGGACAACGUGCAGCGCCGGCCUGAGUGCUGGGUGGAUGUGUUGAAGCUUGCAAAGGAACGGAAAGGCAGGUCAUAGAGGAGAGUGAUAGGAAGUGAAGACACCUUAUUAGAUGCGACUAGAUGUAGAUUUGACCUCGGCGGGAAGUCUCGCAACGAGCCAAUUACAUAGAACAAUGCGAGCUAUGAUUGAAGAAGAUCCUCCGUUGCAGAUCUUCAGAGGAUCACGCUUCUUCAUGUUGAGUUGAUGGAUAAUCAGUUGUUUCUC